UGUACCAAAUAAUUGGAGUUCGUUCGGAAGGUCUUGGUUUCUCUCCAUACGAGAUGACAAUUUCGAGCAUGAAGGAUGUGGAAAAGAAGUGUUGCUACAGGGCGCGUGAAUUUCAUUCCUGCGCCCUAAAGGAUUUUGUCCUUCAUCGAGCUGCAAAUACAAUGGGCUGUGUGUUGGAAGUAUUGAUUGAUUAUGCGCAAUUUAGUGUUGAUGGUACACAGAGGCUACAAGACACUUUGUCUGCGCAUCGUCAUUUGACAUUUGCGGUUAUUGCCGGACGCAACCAGAUUACCGCUCAAACAGAGAUACAAUUUGGCAUCCCUGGACCGUUCACCCGCCACUGGUUGCAUUAUUUUAUACAAAAUGGAAUAAAUAUUCACCCGGCUGGUAGAAAGAUCGACGAAGGACACAUGCCCACAGAGUGGUUCGCAGCACAGAUUUAUCGUGCAUCAGAAUAUGACUCCCAAGGUCCUUAUUGGUAUAAAGUUAUCCGUUUCCUCUGGGACAUGACAAACCUAUUUUCAACCCGGCAAAUCUACCUGUAUAUGGCUGUUUUCCCACGGGUGAAAGCAGAGCAUAGCUUUACUAAUACUGUGUCUUCUUCCACGU